AUGACGCAGGGCAUACUCCAAGCAAACGCCGCGUCUAAACCUGCUUUCCCUUUCGUACAUCGAGGAAACCACGUCCUCUUACUACCUGUAAUCCUCCUAGCAACCUUAACUCCUGAGUUGAAGACUUUGCACAGAAUCUCCAAAACUCAAUUCGUCAUGUCUCGCAGAGUGAACGCGUCGACCGACGCUGCCAAAGAGGUCACCGCCAGUCCCCCCAUGGACAAGCAAAAGCGUUUGUUGGAGGAGUCUGACCCUGGUCACUUCUCCAUGGUUCGCGCAAUGCACCUUGCCGACCUCAUCACCCUCCUGAACGGCUUCUGCGGCAUCAACUCAGUCAUGUCCUCUCUCCGCUACUGUAUGGGUAACCCCAACGACCUCGGAAAUCUCUGGGCCGCUCUGGCCUUCAUGCCCUUUGGUCUGUUCUUCGACUUUAUGGAUGGCAAGGUCGCUCGCUGGAGAAAGAAGAGCUCGCUUAUGGGCCAGGAGCUCGAUUCGCUUGCUGACUUGAUCUCCUUCUGUGUCUCCCCUGCCGUCGCAUCUGUCGCUAUCGGUAUGCGAUCCCCUCUCGACCACUUCCUCCUCACCUCCUUCGCUCUCUGCGGUCUCCUCCGUCUUGCUCGCUUCAACAUCACUACCGACAGCGUACCCAAGGACGCCAAUGGCAAGGCCAAGUACUUCGAAGGCCUUCCCACCCCUACCUCUCUAGGCAUUGUCACCCUGAUUUCCUACUGGGUCAGCAAGGGCUGGAUUCACGAUCAAAUCCCCUUCGGUGUCAUUGCCCAAGGCUCGAUACUCGAGUUCCACCCUGCCGCUCUGAUCUUCGUUGCUCACGGAUGCCUUAUGAUCAGCAAGACCUUCCACGUCCCCAAGCCUUGA